AUGUUUCUAUUGAAUUGGUUUUAUAGUGCUCUUGGCUAUUUAGGCCUCUACUACAAAAAUGCCAAGCUUGUCUUUCUUGGCUUAGACAAUGCUGGAAAAUCAACACUUCUCAAAAUGCUAAAGGAUGAUAAAGCUGAAGAGUUAUUGCCUACAAUUCAUCCACAAUCAGAAGAACUUGUAAUGGGAUCUAUUCGGUUCCAUACUGUUGAUCUUGGAGGUCAUGAAAUCGCUAGAAAAAUUUGGACAGAUUACUUGGGGCUUGUAGAUGGAAUUGUUUUUGUAGUAGACUCUUCAGACAGAGAAAGAUUUGAAUUGGCAAAAAGCGAACUUGAUGGGCUGUUAAAAUUGGAAGAACUUCAAGAUGUCCCCUUUGCGAUUUUAGGCAAUAAAAUCGAUUUGGAUGAAGCUGCAAAUGAAGAUGAGCUCAGGCUUGAAUUAGGACUGCAGAGCUAUGGAUUUAUAAAUAAAAGUGGAAAGCAUCCUGAAGGAUUAAGGCCAGUUGAACUGUUUAUGUGUUCAGUUAGAAGGAGAACUGGAUAUGUAGAAGCUUUUAGAUGGCUGAGUCAAUUCUUGAAGUAA